AUGGCAGAUCGACGACUUCCGCGAAGAUCUUACGCUCCCCUUGCGCGAUCGGCUCUAAUCCGGACCCCUGGUGUGCACGUUACACAGGAGGAAGAAAGACAGUGGCCUGCUACUCACUCAGGCGAAACGCUGCUUCAGAUGAUGAACGAUCCAAGUGUAGGCCGGAGACAUAACCAAGUAUACCCCAGUGGUUAUGCCACAUACCCUCCCGCUGCAUUAUACACAAAUACACCCUCUACAUCUACAGCAACAGCUACUACAGCUACCACCACUACCACAUGCGCGACUUACACACCUACAACAUCUACAACUUAUACUUAUACACCUACAACAACUGCAGGCCAAUCUUCUUCAUAUUACUCCGGGAACAAUGAUCAAAAUGGUUAUCACCAAGGAGGGAACAAUUGA